AUGGAGGUUGAGCAGAAGAAAAUGUAUGAAGCAGAAAAGAGAGCCAUUGCUGCAAUAAAGAUGUCACUUCCUGAUGGCAUUAAACAUACUUUCAAGAGGUACACUACCUCGAAAGAGAUGUGGGAUGCAUUAGAGAAGAGAUUUGAGGGCAAUGCUGAUGUCAAGAAGAACAAGGUAGACCUGCUGAAGAAGCAGUUUGCUAUUUUUAAGGGUAUGAGAAAUGAGUCUCUCGAAGAUAUCAUCAAUAGAUACUAUCAUAUGAUGUCAGAAAUGGACAAUUAUGACAUAGAAGGAUACACUGACAUAGAUAUAAAUGAUAAGUUGCUUGAUGCUUUACCCACUAAGUGGGAUAUUUAUACUCUCAUGAUCAAGGGGGAAGCUGAUUAUGAGACUAAAGAAUUAAGAAGAAGUGGAGGAUCAACUGGAGCUAAGAGACAAUCAGCUACUAAUCAGAGUAGCAGUACCAAGUCUAUGUCGAUGAGUGUGAAGGCUACAGAAGAACAUCUUGCUUUACUUGCUUCCUUUGUUGCUUCUUACGAGAACUACAUUCAGGGAAAGAUAUCUGAUCCUGCAAAAGAAAUGGAUCAACAAUGGAAAAUGGCCAUGAUUUCCAGAAGAGUCAAGAGGUUCAUGAAUAGGACAGGAAGGAAGUUUGUUGGGAAGAGCGUUGGUUUUGACAAGAUCAAAGUGAGAUGCUUUAACUAUCAGAGUUAUGGACACUUUGCUAGGGAGUGUCAAAGGCCUAAAACAGAGUCUUCGAGUCAGAGUUCAAGUAAUAGGAAUGCUUCAAACAACGCUAGCUCAAGGGCUUUGACCUCUACAGCACAAGUGGGCUCCUAUGAUUGGAGUGUUCAUCUGGAAGGUGAUGAAAACGUCACAAAUGCAUUCAAGGCAGAGAUAGUCCCAGAUGAUGCUGAAGCAAAGGUUGAUGCUGAAGCUAAGGUAGACGCUGAAGUAGAGAAGGAGAAUGAAGCUGAAAAAGCAGAUGCUGAUCAGACAACUGAAGCUGAAGAAGAAAAGCUAAAGCCUGAAGAUGAAAAGGAAGCUGAAGAGAAGGAUGCUGCUUACAAAAAGAUAGCAGCUGAAAUUGCUGCUCUCAUGGCCAACGUAGACAAACCAAUAGGAGAGGAAUUACAGGGUGAGGUUGAUAGGUUAUCAACACAAAACCAAAGUCUGGUAAAUGAGAUGUGUAACAUAAAAGAAUCAAACUUUUUUGUUAAAAGAAACGAGUCUUUAUAUUUGAAGAAGAUAAAAGGUUAUGAAACUGAAAAUGAAGUUUUAGCCUGCAAAUUAAACGAAAACUUCAAAUCAUAG